GCAAAGUGCACUCGAGGCUCGCUUCCGUAUUGUCUUUUACAAACGCGGAUAUUUCGAGUACCGUGCAAUAUUUCACGGCAUUUAAUAUCUCGCGGUGGUUGCAUGCGUCAACGUACAGCGAGUUAGUAGAAAGCUGAAUGUACAUCUAUCGUUUCCAUCCAUAUUUAUUUUAAACUUCUGUUUGUGACAUUAUCUUCAUUGUAUUAAGUGUGCGUGGUAUUUUAAGAAUGGCUGUUAUCUGGUUAUUCAUUUGUCUUCUAAAUUUCUAUUUCUGGUCCGGGUCUGCAAGUGCCGGCAGUGAUGCCGAUAACAGCACAAGCGACACAGAUGGACGGUAUUCGGCUAGUCUGUUCGAAGGAGAUAUCUUGGGAAUCGACACAAUGGCUGAUCUCGAAUCAGUACAAACCCAAUCCAAUGCCGUCAGCGUAGAGUCUAGGAGAUGGCCAAGAGGAAUAGUGCCCUACACUCUUGGUCCAGCAUUGCGUGUCCAUCAAGGUACCAUUCUGCAAGCAAUGGCAUUGAUUACAUCUGAAACCGACGGAUGUAUCCAGUUUGUCCCUCGAACGCACGAAAAAGAUUACGUAGAGAUUUCCCAAGUUCACGACAGGUGCGCAUCGGAAGUGGGCCGAGCAGGCUACCGGCAGCGGAUCUACCUCACAUCCCGAUGCGCCAGGUCCUUGGGUCACGUUCUUCACGAACUGAUGCAUACGUUAGGAUUCUUCCACGAACACGCUCGUAAAGAUCGCGAUGAUUUUGUUACCGUCAACUUCGACAACGUUAAAAACUUUGCCGAGGUGCGAAUCAACUUCGAGCGCAAAUAUAUCGACACCACCGUGCUUGGCCUACCUUACGAUUACCUGUCGAUUUUGCAUUAUUCACCGGUAGCGUUUGCCAAAAGUCCUUUUACACCGACCAUCUCCACAAAACGACCUUUUAGUAUUGGCCAGAAUUAUAACUUGAGCUACAGUGAUAUCAUACGGAUUCGCAAAUGUUACGGCUGCAACGUGGAAGGUAAAGAGGAAGUAUUUGCCGUUGGUCUGAACUACGAAUACGACAAAACCCAGGCCGAGGAUGCCUGCCGGACAGCGGGUGCCGUAUUGGCGACAAAAGCACAGCUGGAAAAAGCCCACGAGGACGGCGCCAGCUGGUGUUUCUACGGAUGGUUAGCCGAUGAAAUUCCGCACUUCCCUAACAGUAUACACCUUCACCCUAAAGGCUACUGUGGAGCGAUUGGCGUUCUGCAUAAAGUGGGAGACGAACAAUUUACGCUUCAGUCAGGAAAAUUCGGUGCGACCUGCUACGGCAUUAAACUGAGGAAGCGGCAAGCGUGGAACAUCCAUAUCCGACCUUUUAAUCAGUUUCUCUGGAGCAUCCAUGACCGCACCAUGGAGCGACAGUGUUUAUGUGAUGGUAAUAUACGGUACGAUGCGGAGUGUUGCACAUAGCACAUUACCGCUUUUUCCAUGAUGUAAUAGUCAACCCAGAUAUUCGAUAUUCAUCAAAACAACUACAACUACCGAGUACUGUAGCUUUUGUUGUUUCCAAUAUUGUUUUUGUCGAAAACCGGUGCAAAAGUUGAAAUCAUU